AAUGGCGACUUUCAGUGUGAAAUGCUACGCAACUUUCAUCGAUCAGUUUCUUCUCUUUUAACGAUUAGAAGCUCGUUAUUGACAAGACCGAAGGACUCUAGAGUGCUGUAUUUUUGGAAUUCGCCAGUUAAAUUGAAUAGCAGCGACAACAAGGAUGACAGAGAUGGGGGUACAUACCUAGACUAUAAAGGAAAGAUUCCAUUGGACAAGUUGAGUGUAAAAUUUGCAAGAAGUUCUGGGCCAGGUGGACAGAAUGUGAACAAAGUAAAUACCAAAGUGGAUUUACGCUUUCACGUUUUAAGUGCUGAAUGGAUUCCAGAGGAUGUUAGACACAAGAUCUUGGAAAAGGAGAGGAAUAGAAUCAACAAAAAUGGUGAAUUAUUUCUCAGCUCAAUGAAAUACCGCAGCCAGCAGAAGAACUUGGAGGAUGCCAUUGAGAAAGUGGAAAUGAUCAUUAAGGAAGCGUCUUAUAUUCCAAAAGAAACCACACUGGAGAAAAAGGCCAGAGUAAAGAAACUGGCAAGAAUUGCCAAUGAAAAGCGCCUCCUUGCCAAGAGGUACAGAUCAGAGAGAAAAAGAGAUAGAUAGCAGGAGUGAUUAAAGAAUUUGGCAAGACAAAAAAAAAAAUGAGGGAAGUGGAACACCAAAUUGUGCCUCUACAACAAGGACAAACCAUCCCAAAGACAUUUCCUGGUUUAUACUAAAUAAAAGAGAAACAAAACCAAAGAUUAUCUCACAGAGCAAAUGUAAAUCAUGACAGCCUAAAGUAGAGACUUUGAUUACAUGCCAAAUAAAUGAAGAAAUGGUU